CAAGAAUAAUAUAACAACGUUAGAAGAAAACACGAUGCAGCGAAGGUGAUAGCUGUUGGGGUGAUGUGCUGAAGCUUUGCAGUCAUGUUUACUUUGGCUCUGUGCAGACUUGGUGCUACCUGCAGGCUGCGUCACGGCUGGGACAGGUGCCAAGCCUGCAAUUGUAGAGGAUUCAGCACAACGGCAAGGCAAGGCCAGCGGGUCAGCCUGCAGGAGAAGCAAGUGGGAGCAGACCUGGAAAUGCCUGUUGCAAGAAGAGAAGCUGAGACCCUCUUCCAAGAGCGGCCUGAGCCCGGGAACCAGUAUUUGGAGGAUGCUUUGCUUCGGAGUUACCUGGAGGCACACCUUCCUCCCAAGGUACUGGAGGAGGUGAGCCAGGAGCUGGAGGGGUUUGGAAACCGUCUGCUAACCAAGAUCAGACCUCUAGGAUGGGAAUGUGAGUUGAAUCCCCCCGUAUUUCGGCAGUACGAUGCCUGGGGGCAGCGGGUGGAUCACAUUGUCACCUGCUCAGCCUGGAAGAGGAUGAAGGAGAUUGCAGCAGAAGAGGGGCUGGUUGCUGAGGCCUAUGAGAGAAGAUACUCCAACUGGAGCCGUGUGCACCAGGCUGUCAAACUGUACUUGUUUUCAACUGCCUCUGGGGGUUUCAACUGUCCACUGGCCAUGACUGAUGGAGCAGCCAAAGUCAUUGAGUCACUGGGUGUUCCUGCAUCUCUGAAAAAUGCUUUUGACCAUCUGACAUCUCGUGACCCCAGGAAGUUCUGGACCUCUGGCCAGUGGAUGACUGAGCGCCGGGGGGGCUCUGAUGUUGCUAAUGGCACAGAGACAGUGGCCAGAAAGCAGCCAGAUGGCACGUAUCAUCUCUAUGGUUUUAAAUGGUUCACAUCAGCUGCUGAUUCUGAUAUGGCAUUAACCCUAGCCAGGAUAGAGGAUGCUGAAGGACAUGUAAAACAGGGCUCCGGCGGGCUGUCCCUGUUCUUCCUGAGGGUUCGAGAUGAGGAGGAAAAGCUGAAUGGUAUCCAAGUGCAAAGACUGAAAGCUAAGUUGGGCACACGGCAGAUGGCAACAGCAGAGCUGUGGCUAAAUGGAGCUAAAGCAGAGCUGAUCUCUGCAGAAGGUCGUGGAGUGGCCUCCAUCUCCAACAUGCUGAACAUAACUCGGAUCCACAAUGUCAUUGGUGCAGUAGCUUCCAUGAGAAGGAUGAUCAGUCUGAGCAGGCAGUAUGCCCUUAAACGGGUUGCCUUCGGGAAACUCCUCAAAGAUCAUCCCCUGCACAUGCAGACGAUAGCCCGGAUGGAGGUGCAGACACGAGGGGCUUUUCUUCUGCUUAUGGAGAUGGCUCGACUGCUUGGACUUGCAGAAACCAACAUGGCAAGCGAGCAGGACCAGCUUCUCUUGAGACUGCUUGUGCCAGUUGCCAAACUAUACACGGGGAAGCAGGCUUCUGCCAUUGCUAUUGAGGCAAUGGAGUCUUUUGGAGGACAAGGUUACAUGGAGGAUACAGGCUUGCCAGUCAUAGUUCGUGAUACUCUGGUGCUGUCCAUAUGGGAAGGAACAACAAACGUCCUAUCACUUGAUGUCCUGAGGUCCCUCGCCAAGAGUCAGGGCCAGGUGAUGGCUGUGUUCUUCUCCACAGUGCAGAACAAACUGGGGUUGGCUUCGAGCAGCGCAGAGCUGCAGCCCGCAGUGCAGUUUGUGCAGGAUGCCGCCGGCCGCCUCGCACGGUUCUGCCAAGGAGCUGCUUCAGAAGGGGCAGCGCCCAUGGAGCUGGCAGCAAGAGACUUCUCCUACUCCCUAGCAAGGAUCUACGCAGGAGCUCUGCUAAUUGAGCACGCGGCUCGGCCUGGCUCCUCCUGCGUCGAUGUCUGUGCCGCUCAGAGGUGGUGCAGGCAGGAACUCUGCCCCGUGGCUGCAGAGCUGGGGAACGGCAGCUACAGCGCCGAGGAAUCAUCCCUGGACAGCGCCCUGGUGUACGCAGGCAGCCCCGCAGGCAGCAGGCUGUGACUCAGACAGAACUGCUCUCCAGUGCUGCCUGUGCUCUGAUGGCGUUUUCUUGGUGGUGCCCUGGCUCACACUGCCUGGAUGAAACGAAGUCUUUCUGACCAGAAGCUGCUCACCUCACUGCCCACGCUGCCAUCACAAAACCCAUCAGUGGUCACUGCUCGGUUAAGUCGUGCUUUUGGUUCGUUCUUUCUCCCUUGCCCCAGAGCAGCUCCCUGUGCUUAAAGAUCACCCAAAGCAGAGGCUUUGCUGCAGUGCUCCUCGUUGGAUGCCCCAUCCCUGCUCACUCAGCUCCACGGGCAGCAGAGAUGGGCAACAAAAACGGUCACCCACUGCACAUCAAAGGCAGCACUGCUGCCCAAUGCUGCUCUGUAACAGCCCUGGCAGGGAAUAAAUCACAUCAACCACAUCACUCAAAUUCCAUCAAGGCUGGACAUGCCAGUACCAAAAUUAAAGAAAAAUAAUUUCUGA